UUGUUAUUCAUCAUUUUUUUCUAUCUAUCUGCUAUUCAUUUUGUUCUUCUCUCUUCCUCUUUCUUCAUUUCUUUCUUACUUUUUGUUCUUGUUUUUAUUUCCUGUUCUUUCUUUUAUUUCUUCGUCAAAACAACUCCUUUUCUUUCUUUCUUUUUUAAAUCUUCUUUAUCUUUUAUGUUUGUUUCUUCCUUUCUUUUUUCAUCCUUUCUCUCAUUCUUUAUUUGUUUCUUUUUACAAGUUUUUCUUUUCUUCCGUUCUUUCUUUUUCUUCAUGAAUUUAUUUGCUGCUUUGACUUUUACAACUUGUACCUACCUAAUCGUUUUCUUUUGUUUGCUUCUUUCUUUCUUUCUUUCUUUCUUUCCUUCUUUCUUUCUUUCUUUCUUUCUUUCUUUCUUAGCUUUUAUCUUACUUUCUUCUUUUCUUUUUCCAUCCCUUCUCUCAGUCUUUGUUUCUUUCUUUUUUUCUUUUAUUAUUCUUUCUUUUAAAUUUUGUGCCGCCAUAAUCAUUUUUUCUUUUCUUUCUUCCUUUCUCUCUUUCCUUCUUUCUUGUUUUCUUUCUUCUUCCUUAUAUUUUAUCUAUCUUAUUUCCUUUCUCUUUACGCCCUUUCUCUCUCUCUUUCUUUCUUUCUUUUUUUAUUUUAUUAGUCUUUCUUUUCUUUCGUUCUUUUUUUUUCUUCAGGAAUUUCUUUUACACCUUUCUUUUUUUUUCUUUUGUUCUUUCUUUUACACCUUGUGCCGCCCUAAUCAUUUUUCAUUUCUUUCUUUCUUUCUUUCUUUCUUUCUUUCUUUCUUUCUUUCUUUCUUUCUUUCCCUUUUUAUAAAUUCUUUUUAUUUGAAUAGCUUUUUUUUUCUUCCUCUUUUCUCUUCUCUCAAUUCAUGUGAAGGUUUUUCCCUUGUUCCUCCUCUGGUCUCCAUUUCUUUUAAUAGUUGUUUGUUCCUUUUCAUUUUCCUUUCUAAAUUCACUUCUCACUUUUCUUUCCCAUUUUUAUUCUUCUUUCUCUUCUUUCAAUUUAUGCAAAUAAUUUAUCUUUUUACUUUUCCUUUAAUCUUUCUUUCUCUCAUCUACUUUUAUUUUAAUUGUAUUGUUUAUUUUCAUUUUUCUUUCUUAAUUCUCUUCUCUCUAUUUUAUACGAGGCAAUUGCUACGUACGUGUCUAAUUCUAUUCACAUCUAUCUAUCUAUUGCUUCCUUCUGUCCUGUACCUCUGUCUACACAAAUUUCUUCAUAUCUAUCUAUUUAUCUAUCUAUCUAUCUAUCUAUCUAUCUAUCUAUCUAUCUAUCUGUUACUUCCUUCCUUCCUCAUUUUCUCCCUCCCUUCCUUCCUUCCUUCCUUCCUCAUUUUCUCCCUCCCUUCCUUCCUUCCUUCCUUCCUUCCUUCCUUACUUACUUACUUACUUACUUACUUACUCUAUCUACUCAAGUCUGUUUAUAUUCAGCUAGCUAGCUUAUUCUGCUCAUAUCUAUCUAUCUAUCUAUCUAUCUAUCUAUCUAUCUAUCUAUCUAUCUAUCUAUCUGUUACUUCCUUCCUUCCUCCCUUUCUUCCUUCCUUCCUCCUUUUCCUCCUUCCUUCAUUCCUUCCUUACUUACUUACUCUAUCUACUCAAGUCUGUUUAGCUCAUUCUGCUCAUAUCUAUCUAUCUAUCUAUCUAUCUAUCUAUCUAUCUAUCUAUCUCUUCCUUUCUUCUAUCCUUCCUUUAUCUCUGUCUACCCAAUCUGUUCAUAUCUAUCUAUCUAUCUAUCUAUCUAUCUAUCUAUCUAUCUAUCUAUCUAUCUAUCUCAUUCUGCUAAUAUCUAUCUAUCUAUCUAUCUAUCUAUCUAUCUAUCUAUCUAUCUAUCUAUCUCUUCCUUCCUCCCUCCCUUCCUUCCUUCCUUCCUUCCUUCCUUCUAUCUAUCUCAGACUGUUCAUGAUCUAUCUAUCUAUCUAUCUAUCUAUCUGA